AUGCUCAGCUAUAGACUGUUACUAAGCAUUGCAGUCUUAUUGGCAUCUGGUGUAUGUAAUUAUAAAAGAAUGUAUCAUCAUCCAUAUGGGAUCUACGCGUUCAUCAGAAGGAGAGUCGAUCGACCAGAGGCCUACACGACCGAAGCGCUCAGUCAGGAGUCUCAGACCUUACUGAAUGAAGAUUCCAACACAAGUACUAACUUUCACGAUUCGGAGACCUCGUCGGGUGAGCUCGCGUUGGAUUACAGACUCCCAGUCAAGCGUUCAAAAAGCGCUGCCCACAGCAUCCUAGAUGAUCAAAAGAGGCAUGAUAUCCUCGUGUGGAUAUCGAGAAUUCCUUUCGAGGAUCACCGCAGGGUCGCAAGGGAAGGACGUACAGAGGAUACCGGCGGAUGGAUUUUCCAACAUGAUCAAUACCGAAAAUGGCAAUCAUCGGAAACCUCAAUGAUACUAUGGCUACAUGGGAUCCCAGGCGCUGGGAAAACCAAGCUAAUUUCUCGAGUUGUUGAUGAUCUCCUCAACAAUUCCGGUGAACAAGCAUUGGCAUACUUCUACUGCAAUCGUAACGAGGAGUCUCGUCGACAGUCUAUGGAGGUUCUCCGCAGUUUUGUUAAGCAGCUUUCUAUUUCAGAUGAUCCGAAGGCAAUUCACGGUGACCUUCUCAAAAUCUAUAAUGAGAGGUGGCAGAAGGGCUUUUCAUCGAAUGAUUUGAGCUUGGAAGAAUGUGAGACACUUCUACUGGGAUUAAUUUCCACCUAUUCGAAAACAACAUUGGUUUUAGAUGCUUUGGAUGAGAGUGAUGAACACUCUCGAAAGAGCCUCCUUGAUUGCUUCAAUCGCCUCAUCGAGAAGCAGUCAAAAAACCUGAAGAUCUUGAUUUCCAGCAGACGAGACGGAGACAUCAGGCUCCAGCUCGAAAGGAAGGCGAAUGUUGGUAUUGAGGCGACUAACAAUCAGGAUGACAUAGCAAAGUUUGUUGCUGAAAAGAUCAGUCAAAGUGAGAAGGAUCGGCGCUAUCCCAUCUCCGAGAGUUUGAAAUCAGAAAUCAUUCAGGUCCUUCUGAGCAAGAGUCGUGGGAUCGCAGAUAUCCUUGUCGCUGCCGUGUCCCAGGAUCCUGAGGAUGAGACGACUAUAAUGCCAGAUAUGGACAUUCAUUUUGUCAUUGAUGCCUGCUAUAACCUCUUGGCUCUGGACCCUCAUACGAAGAUUUGUCGUUUUUCACAUUUGUCAGUUCGGGAGUAUUUCGCAGAACAUCAUUGGGCCGCUGAAAAAUGCCAUGGCACCAUUGCAAAGGUCUGCUUGUCAUUGUUAAACAACGAUGGCGAUGGGAAGGAAACCAACAACAAAAAUGAGUCGGAUCCGUAUUCUCGUUCUAAUCCAGGUGAAAACUCUACAUCUUGCGGUCCAAUUAAGAACCUCAUACAAUACGCAGCGAAAUAUUGGCCUGAUCAUAUAAGGAGUCACGGUGACAAGGCCGCUGAUAGUCAGCUGUCUGGGCUUUUGGAGAAGUUCUUCGGCUCUAUAGACAACAGUGGUCCUGCAUAUAUACACUGGCAUAAUUCAUAUGCGCGCAUUCGAUUUGAUGGUUUGCAACUGAGAUCUUGCUCCAAUCCUCUGUUAGCAAUAUGCCGAUUUGGCUUUUACCAAAUUCUUCCAAAGUGGUGGCAAUCUGGAAGAAUAAACCCAGAAGAGGUCAACGAAGAGGGUCAUUCAUUAUUAGUGCUUGCCAUUAUGAGUGGGAAUGUCGAACUUAUACAAACAUUGCUCACUCUUGGAGCAGAUGUGAAUCGACAACUUGCUGGCUCAAGCUUUGGCAGUGCCCUAGCAGCAGCAUCAUGA